CGAGAUGUUCCGAAUGCGAAAAUGGCGGCAGAUAUCUUGCGUCAAUAUUUUCUUGAAUAUGAACAUGAUCAUAAAGACUGCACUGUUAACAUGGAAGCAGCAUGUCCGAUUAUUAUUGACUUCUGUGAUGCCUCUGCACAUUCAAAGAGAUUUUCGGAGGCAACAGUUGACUUCACCAUCGGCAAAGGGCUUCCACUUGCGUACUUUUUUCAAGCUGGACAGAAAGAACUUGUGUCAUAUUUCUUAGAAAAAAAGGAGCAUAAAAGUGAUGCAAUAGAAAACUUGAAGGAAUUCAUUGCAAAUGAAAAUCACACCAAGUGUCUUCUUUCCUUGCAUCAAUUUAGUCAGGAAUACAGUCAGUGUCAUAUUGAAGUAAUACUAGCCGCACAUUUAUUUGGACCUCUGGCAGGUAGAAGCCGUUUCAAGAUUGGAUCAAAAUAUGGAAAGGCAAAAAGAUGUCCUAUAUGUUACCUAGAUGUCCGUGCUGCUGUAGAUAAUACAUCGCUUGGGAAUGGCAGUGUAUGGCAUGGUGAUGCAGAUAUUCUUGUAAAAAGAAGUGUCAUCAAAAUAAGUUGUGAUGAUGAUUUAGAUAAUGGAAGUGGUGAACCAGAGAAAAAGCGAAUAAAAAUUGGGAGCAUAGGAGAUGAUGACAAUUCAACUUCAGAUGAAAGUUUUGACUCUACCAUUGAAGUUAAAAGGGAUGUAAUUAGUACUCGCGCAAUGUCACAAGGAUUGGCUCAAACAAUUGUCAAUGCAUUUUGUGAAGUGAAAAAGAGUCCUAGUUUAUGCAAUACUUUCAAUUCAUCAUUUAUUACCAAUGAGUCGGAACAAUAUUUGGAACUCAAAGAGUCCAAGUUUAAAGAACAUGCUCGUCAUAAGUUGUCAGUAUACAAAGAAAGUUGUACCAAACCUUUUACACCAAAUGAAGUCGAAAAGGAUGUUGAUUUCGAGAUAGGUUUUAGAGGUUUUUGUGCUCCUAAUUUUUCUUAUAACGAAAUCAGGCAGAAGUUCAGACACAGAUUGUCUUGGGCUCAAAAACUAGGUCAACAGCCUGUUGGUGCCUAA